AACAAAAACUCACCUGUGUACUAUUGUUCGACUAUUGUAAAUAGAUUGAUUUAUUCGUUAGAUGGAUGCUGAAUUUUAGGCAAUUUAAUAAACAAUUAUGGAUAAUUAAUUAAUAUUUAGUGGCCACAUAGAUAGAGUUAACAAAUGUACUAUAAACUGCGAAAACAAUUCAUUCUCUAUCUCAUCUCUUAAUAUACCCUAACUUUGGCAGGGAAACUUAAUUUAUUUAUUCGAUUUAGAACUUGCACUUUCCCAUCUAAUAUUUAACACACCCUAAAUCAUGUCGUAAAGUUUCGUUACUAUCGUGACUAUAUAAUCUGAUAUUGGCUUGUUCAACGGGCUUGACUCAUCAGCUGAGUGCAGACGGAUCUUAUCAAUAUUUAAACUUAUCAAUACUCACUUAUCGCCACUUAAGAACCUCCAAAAUAUAUGUGCCGUAUCAAAUUCUCAGUAUUCACACGAAAGUCAAAGAAAGAACAUGGACGGAAACCAUUGGUUGCACUAUAGCCACGGCGCCUUGCCCCAAGAAGCUGUUGUCGCUGGUCACGAUGCCGAUGGCGAUACCAUCUUUGUUGGACGCGCCUUCUACAACAACGAUCUGCUGCCAGCCAAGAUCAUUCCCAACAAGGGCAAGGCCUAUGUGACGUUCGCCCGCCAAGAGAUUGAGCUGGAGAACUACGAAGUUCUCAACGGCCAGAACUAUGUGUGGCUGCCCGGAGCAAAUGGAGAGGUUCCACCUGGUGCUGUGCGUGUGGGACGCAAUGUGGAUGGCGAGGAUCUGUAUGCCGGACGUGGCUAUCAUGCCGGCAGCUUGACUGUGGGCAAAGUGCAUCCAUCCCACGGUUGCCUCUACAUUCCCUUCGAUUCCGAUGAGGUCAAGAUCUUUGAGUACGAGGUGCUGUCCCGCUUGAUUGAGAUGCGAUAAGCAAGGUGUAUUUUCUGUUAAAACAAUGGCCUCAAAAAAAAACUAGGUAGAUUUUGUACAAUAAAACUCAAUCUUUUAUAAAA